AUGACUCUCUCCGACCCGUCUCUCACAAAACAACAGCGCAUCCAGGUCUGGCGCGAGGAGGUGGCAGCCUCAGCAUCCCUCUGCACUUGUCCGCCAACCUCGCCCGCAGCUUCGUCCUCGUCGACAAACAUCUCACUCUCAGCCUCAACCACCUCAUCCUCCAUCUCUCAAGGUGAUGGCUUCUCCUUCCCGCGGGGCGACAUGCUCCCCUCACAACCGACCUACUGCCCAACAUGCUCCCGCCUCGGCGCCCCCUCGGCAAUGGGUCUCGAACCCUCGUCGGCCUACCUCGACGAUCCCCAGCAGGGCCACAUUCUCCCCACCGGGCCCUUUGACCGCCGCGGCAGCCUGAUGAUGUUCCGUACCAAGCACGGUAACCAUGCCAUCUUCCGCGGCAUGCGGAAUUUCGUCCGCCGCAUCAGCGGAAGCAGCAGCGGCAAGAACGGUCCGCUCCCGCCGCGCGGGGCCGAGGAGGCCACCAUGAUGUACCGCAGAGCGACCGUCCACGGGCUGGGCGCCGUUGCCGCCAACACAGCCGCCUUGGCCGAGGCCGAGGCCGAAGCGGACGCGGCCGAGGACCUCGAGUCGGAUGGCAGGGGCCACGUGCCCAAGCUCAUCGCCGAGAAGCAGGCGAGGUUGAAGAGGGCCGAGAAGCUGCUGUUGAGGUCACAUCGGUGA